UUUCCCUUUAUUCUACAGCUGUUUUGCAACAUUGCUGGGAGAGAAACGACGCCUUUUCACUUUUGUUUUUACGUUACGUGAGCGAGAUGUUUUGGUUUUCAGAACAUGAGGAAAAACUAUAAGACCAACUAAAACUGUCCUGUAGCCCGCAACAGCCAGUCAUGGAUUCCGCGUGUAAGAGGCACUGCUCGGAGCUGGUGGCCCGGGAGAGGAGCGGACACACGGCUGUAGUGGAGGAGAACCUGUUGUAUGUGUGGGGAGGCUACAUGUCGGUCUCUAAUGAUGAAAUUCUCCUACCCAAUAAUGAACUCUGGGUAUAUGACUUACAACAAGGAGUAUGGAAUGUGUUUCACAUGACAGGAGACGCUCCUCCCUCCAUGUCUGGGACCUGUGGCUGCUUCCUGAAUGGACACAUGUACAUCUUUGGAGGCUGUGAUGAUGAUGGACAGACCAAUCAGAUCUACUGCGUUGACCUGACAGACGGUAAAUACAUGUGGAAGAGGAUCAUGCAUGAGACGGGUUCUGCUCCUUCACCUCGAGACAAACUGUCCUGCUGGAUUUACAAAGGACGGAUAAUCUACUUUGGAGGGUACGGUCACAAACUACAGACUGAUGUCGAUAGCAGGAACAGAAACUUCAUUAUAGAUGAAGUAGCAUGGGCAGGAAGUGACCUCUGGGGGUGGAACAGUGAGGUUCAUAUGUUCGACCCCAUGCGAGUCAGUUGGAGUGAACCACAAACCUAUGGCCAGGCUCCUGCCCCCAGGGCUGCCCACGCCGGCGCCAGUACUGGUAGUAGAGGGUACAUUUUUGGAGGCAGAGUCAGGGAAACCAGAAUAAAUGACAUUCACUGUCUGGACCUUGAAUCAUGGACUUGGUCAGAAAUAAUCCCAGUGUCCACCGGUCCAGUGGGCAGAUCGUGGCAUACACUCACAACAGUAUCAGACAGCACUUUGUUCCUGUUUGGAGGUCUCAGUGCAGACUGCAAACCAAUGAGUGAUGGGUGGUUGUUUGAUGUUAAAACAAAGAAGUGGAGAGAAAUGGAGCAUCCCUAUAAGGAUAAGCCAAGGUUGUGGCACACAGCAUGUCCAGGGAGAGACUCUGAUGUUGUUGUGUUUGGUGGAAGUUGUGACUACAUCCUCCUUGUUGACACUGGUCACUGCAAUGAUGCGCUCGUGUUCCAGAUGCAACCACAUCCUCUAUUCAGGAUUUGUGAGGAUUACAUUGCAAAGACUGUGAGGAGCCAUAAGAUGCUCAGAAGUCAACUUUCCUACCUCCCUCCUGAACUACUCACAGCGGUACAGAGGAGGAUGUGUUUCUACAGGCCUUCAAAGAAGCAAAAAUAUUAAUUUAAAAAAUGCCUUUAAUGCUAAAAACUACGUAUCAUACCCUUUUUUUCUAUUUAAGAACUGUACUCCCUCCAUUAUCAAGUCUUGCUCAUAAUGUGGGGUAGCAUUUUUAUGCCUGGGUGCUGGAGACAGCCGUGACCUAAGGCAUAAUGUUGUUAAAAUUUGGCACAAACAUCUACUUGGAUUCAAGAACGAACUGAUUAGAAUUUGGUGGUCAAAAGGUCAAAGGUCACCAUGACCUCUGCCCAAGAAUUUAUACAUGAGUUAUGACUAGCAUGAUUAUGUCACACUAAAUUCCUUCGAAGUCUUCACUGCAUAUACAGUACUAUAUGAGUCUGCACCUUUGGAUGUCUGAAUGUGAACUCCAGCUUCACUGACAGAGAGAUAUAACCAUCAAGCAUUAAUCCCUGUUAUUUUGAAAAUACACUGUGCUGAAUAUUUUAGGUUGUGACACAGUAUUUUAUUGUUUUCCAGAUUUAAAUAUAAUUUUGUACACUCUUCCUGCUUUAACACUGACAGACAAUUCCUAUGUUGAUUGUGAUGAUUAAAUGAAAUGUUUUUGGCCUGA